CAAUAGCUUUAAUGAGAGAUUUUGAUACAGUAGAAAGAAGGUUUAGAGAGAGAGAGAGAGAGACGGAGGGAGAAGAAGGAAUUGUGAAGGAACAGGAUCUCGUAAUCUAUCUGCAUGUGGACGAGAGAAGCCCUCCUCGUUUUAUCUUCUCCCAAUUCUCUACUAGUACGAAGAAGAAGAAGUAAGAACUGCUUCUCUCUUCUUUGAUAGAAUCCAACCAGGGUUUUCUCAAUGGCGAAAUGGGUCUUAUCUGAAUGCGGCAUAAGACCCCUCCCACGAAUCUAUUCUCAUUGUUCUUUCAGACCCAACAAACCUUCUAACUUGCACAUCAACUCGGUUCCCCUGACUGCUGCAUCUCCUCUCCGCUCGGUGAUUAGGUUUAGAGAGAAAACCUGGGGGCUUAAGGUGAGUGUUCCAUUGAAAGUUCAAUUUGUAGACGACGAGGGAGAGGAAAGAAGAGAAGAAGAGGGGACAUCAUCCGAAAGAGAUGAGUUCGACCCUGGUGCGCCUCCUCCGUUCAAGCUGUCCGACAUUCGAGCGGCAAUUCCGAAACACUGUUGGGUGAAGGAUCCAUGGAAAUCUAUGAGCUAUGUAGUUAGAGAUGUGGCUGUCGUGUUUGCUCUUGCGGCUACGGCGGCUUUUUUCAACAAUUUGUUCGUUUGGCCUCUUUACUGGCUUGCGCAAGGGACAAUGUUCUGGGCUUUGUUUGUUCUCGGCCAUGACUGUGGUCAUGGAAGCUUUUCCAACAAUCCUAAACUGAAUAGUGUGGUUGGGCAUAUUCUUCACUCUUCAAUUCUCGUCCCUUACCAUGGAUGGAGAAUCAGCCACAGAACUCACCAUCAGAAUCAUGGUCAUGUUGAAAACGAUGAAUCAUGGCAUCCACUGUCUGAGAAGAUUUACAAGAACUUGGAAAAAGCUACAAAGAUGUUGAGGUUCACAUUGCCUUUCCCCAUGCUUGCAUACCCAUUCUAUCUGUGGAGCAGAAGUCCUGGAAAGUCUGGCUCCCAUUUCGACCCUAACAGCGAUCUGUUUGUCCAAAAUGAGAGGAAAGACGUGAUUACUUCUACAGUUUGCUGGACAGCCAUGGCCGCUCUUCUUGUGUGCUUAUCUUUUGUAAUGGGUCCGGUUCAAUUGCUUAAACUCUAUGGCAUUCCAUACUGGAUGUUUGUAAUGUGGUUAGACCUAGUAACUUACUUGCAUCACCAUGGCCACGAAGACAAGCUUCCUUGGUACCGAGGAGAGGAAUGGAGUUAUUUGAGAGGCGGGUUAACGACACUUGACAGAGACUAUGGUUGGAUCAACAACAUUCAUCAUGAUAUUGGAACGCACGUAAUUCACCACCUAUUUCCCCAGAUCCCACACUAUAACCUAAUAGAAGCGACGGAAGCUGCCAAGCCGGUGUUAGGAAAAUACUAUAGAGAACCGAAGGGAUCAAGUCCUCUACCAUUUCACUUACUGGGAGUUUUGAUAAGAAGCUUGAAGAAGGAUCAUUAUGUGAGUGACGAUGGAGAUGUUGUUUAUUAUCAAACAGACCCUACUCUCAUCAAAGCUCCAUGAACAGGAAGAAGAUUUUGAUGACCAUUCUUUGAGACUGUUCUGUUAUUGACAUAUUUAUAUGAAGAUUCAGUUACUUAAGCAAGCAACUAGAGGCAGACAGUCUUUUUCCCAUAUUAUAUAAUUUAUACAUUUUUAAUAUGUUCAGCAGCCUGAAAUAUAAUUUAGUGUAACUGGAAUCAAAUCAUUGAAAGAGAAACAUUAUGGAAAUUGUGAAAUAAAUCUUUUUUUCUUGUUUUUAUCUA